AGCUGGGUGCCACCGCUGUUUCCGCCGCUGAGCCCUGCCCGCCGGCCUGCCCGCUCGCUAGCUCGCUUCCCCUCGUCCAGGGGGAAAGGUCAGCAGCGUCCUGGAGCCGCCGUGUCACUCCCCGAAAGCCAUGAACUGCAGCGAGAGCCAGCGGCUGCGAACCCUUCUGAGCCGCCUGUUGCUCGAGCUGCACCACCGGGGUAACGCCAGCGGCUUGGGCGCUGGCCCUGGCCCCAGCAUGGGCAUGGGGGUCGUGCCUGACCCUUUCGUGGGCCGCGAGGUGACCAGCGCCAAGGGCGACGACGCCUAUCUCUACAUCCUGCUCAUCAUGAUCUUCUACGCCUGCUUGGCCGGAGGCCUCAUCCUGGCCUACACCCGCUCCCGUAAGCUCGUCGAGGCCAAGGGGGAGCUGUCCCAGGCUUGCGCCGAGCACGAAUGGGCCCCGGGAGGCGCCCUGACCGCCGACGCCGAGACUGCCGCGGGCUCCCAGGCCGAGGGUCGCCGCCAGCUUGCCUCCGGGGGGCUGCCUGCCCUCGCCCAGGGCCCUGAGCGGGUCUAAAACCACAGCCCCAGUUGCUGACAGCCCUGACAGCACUCUCCAGCCCUCUGGGAACUGAAUCCAACACGUCCAACACUUGGCAUUGAACUGAAGCAAUGCAUUCUAUCAGAACUCUGGGCCGUCUAACUGGCAGCUGCUCCAGGGGCUGCCAGGGACUGCUCACUCUGCAGAGCCAACGGGCUUGCCAGGCCGACUGCAGCAGCUCCAGCUUCCAGUUGCCUUAGGGACAGAGACAAAGGAAAUGAAGAGACCUCAGACAUCUUUUCCCUCCCUCUCUCUUUCAGCAGGGAGCUAACAGGACACUAGGACCAGUCUGUGGGAUAGAAUGAACUUAAUGGGGGACGGAAGGGGGAGGAGUGCUCAACGGGGAGGGAAAUGAUCUAUGACUCCAACUGUAUGGUUUUCUUGCCUCCCCAGUUUUCAUCCCAGUGGUAACUUGCCUGAUUUUUGGUAGCUAUGCCAUCUUCUGCUGAGGGUUACCAUUACUGGGUGUAUCAUCCCAGUACUUCCAAAUGCCUCUCCUCUAUUGAUUCAGCUGUUAUUGCAGUGUCUGCUUCAUCCGUGGAACUUGAGGCUCAGAUGUCCCCUGCUCUGUAACCCUGGGGAAUGUCAGAGGCAGGUA